AUGACGACGAGUACGGGGAUGAAGACGACGCUGGUGCUGCACCUGCUGCAGUCCUGGACGUGGUGGCACGAGGCAACGAGAGGCGAGUUAUAUUUCGAGACGUCGUCAACCAGCAUUGCCAGCAGCAGCAGCAACAGCACCAUCUCAUAUGACGACGGCCGCCUCCUGUUCCUCCUGCCGCCUUAUUCAGAGCCAUCAUCUUCUUCAUCAGACGCGGGUGCUGUGCUACUCAUGGCCUCUUCCUCAUCUUCGUCUUCUGCUGGACUCGCUGACCCCGACUUCCUCGGCCCCAUCGCCAACAUUUCCGUGCCCAUGGGCAAGGAGGCUGUGCUCGAGUGCCACGUCACCAAUUUGGGUCCAUUCAAAGUCGGCUGGAUCCAGGCUGACACGCAGACCAUCCUGAGUCUGCACAAGCGCGUCAUCACCCACAACCCCCGGAUCUGGGUCAGCUCCGACGACGAGGACCGCACUUGGCGCCUGCACAUCCGCCGGGUCAAGGCCACCGACAAGGGCUGCUACAUGUGCCAGAUCAACACGGCACACAUGAAGAAGCAGACGGGUUGCAUAGACGUCAAUGUGCCACCUGACAUUCUGUCCAACGAGACCAGCACCGACACGACGGUGCAGGAGGGCACGGAGGUGCGGCUCGUGUGCCGGGCUCGAGGCCACCCCAAGCCCAAGAUCGUGUGGAGGCGAGAGGACGGCAAGCCGCUGGUUUUGCGGAAUGCCAACGGGACAGCCGUGUUGGCCAAGCAACUGGAAGGCGAGGAACUGCGACUGCGCGCCGUCAAGCGCAGACAGAGCGGCGCCUACUCGUGCAUCGCCAAGAACGCCGUGCCGCCGUCGGUGGCCAAGCGCAUCAUCCUCAACAUCAAUUUCAAGCCCGAAAUCAGACCCGUGGACCAGAUUGUGACUGGCACCUUGUUGGGCAACGCGACACUCGCCUGCCACCUCGAGGCAUACCCGAGCACCAUCAACUACUGGGUGCGCAACAACACGGAGAUCCUGCUCAACGGGUCCAAGUACUUGACCUGGGAAGACAAGGUGCACUACGAGACGGACAUGCGGCUGACGAUCCUCGGCUUCACGCCCGACGACACCGGCGCCUACUCGUGUCGCACGGGCAACUCCUUGGGCGACGUGCAGGCCACCAUCCAAGUGGAAGUCAACCAAAAUGCUGGUGCUGGCUCUUCGUCAUCAUCGCGACGCAGGAAUAACAAUAAUAACCGGCCGUCAUCUUCGUCAUCUGAUGCUGGUGGUGACCGGAGUAAUAAGCACCAGAAAUCAUCAUCAUCAGUUGAUCCCUCGUCUUCGUCGUCGUCGUCUCCAGCAGCAUGCUCUGCGGGCUUUGCUCGCUCUUUAUUCUUGCUUCCUCGCUGA